CGAUUCUCGCGCAGCCUUGUCCAAGAUGGCGAUCGGAUCGAAGAUAGAGUUAGGCCGGAUUGUUUUGUAUGUGUUCUUUCCUGUGGCAGUAUUCCUUUACUUUAAUUUUCCUGGGUCAUAUGAAGAGUACAUGACACAGAAAAAGAAAGAGAUUUACCCACCGGAUGAAGAGUGCUAUAAACCACCAACGUCAGUUGAGGGUUUACUUAAAGCCAGGGAAAAAAUAUUAGAAGAAAGAAGAAAAGAGAGGGCUCAAAACAAGACAGAGUAAUAACAAUGUAAUGAUUUUACUAUAAAAUGUACAAAACAAGCAAGGAAAAAAAUCUUUCAAUUCUGAAACAAAUGUUUCAUCUUUACUUGAUAAGACAUUUAUCUUGUCACAUGACAGAUUUAAUGUGCUAUAAAUAAGAGUGGAAUGUACAAAAUGCAUGUUUUCUAGCUUACUAAACUUGUGUAAAAAAAGUAUUAAAAUAAUAACACUCCCAUAAUUUACGGUGUGUAUUGGUUACACUUUUCCCUGGUCUUUUUAUGCAUACACUAUUUUGGUUACACACUUUUCGUAACAUUAUGUGGUACUUUUUAUAAGAAUAUUUUGCUUAUAAUCAACAAUGUUAUCUCAAAUCCUAGUAAUAAUAACUGGGAAUAGUUAUAUAAUAACUAGUAAAACAAGGAUUUAAGACUUGAUGCAAAUAAUUAUCAUUUGUUUUAGAACUGUAAAUUUCCACUUUGUAAUAUAAUAGUAUUUGAUUAUGAGAGAAAAAGUAGUGUUAUGUCAAGUACUAUAAAAGCUGCCACUCUUUU